CCCCCCCUGACCUCUCCACAGUGCUGAACAGAGCAAACUGACAGCUCUCCGGUCAGCUGUUUCACAGGCUAACUCGGAAUAAUCAUUUUAAAAAUACGAUUACAAGGAAAUUAUUAACGGUAGAAAAUUUGUUUUCAACGUUAGACUAUCUAAACGUUGCGAAAUUUGCUAGCUUGCUUCGUGUAUAAUCCAGUUUUUUAUUUUCUCUGUCUCUCUCUUCCGCUACUUAGCACGAAUCAGCAAACGUUAGCUAACAAAUCUCUUCGAAACCUGCGUCAAACAACUUGUUCGCGUAACUAGUGAUUUUUUAAAAAUUGUAUUAUUAUUUUUUCGCUUUUGUUGUGAAGGAAGGACUUUACAAUGGGAUCCAGAGCAUCGACAUUACUGAGAGAAGAGGAGAUUGAAGAAAUCAAAAAGGAGACCGGCUUUUCCCACAGCCAGAUCACCCGGCUCUACAGUCGCUUCACCAGCUUGGACAAAGGAGAGAACGGCACACUCAGUCGGGAAGAUUUCCAACGGAUCCCAGAGUUGGCCAUCAACCCUCUGGGAGACAGAAUCAUCAAUGCCUUCUUUCCCGAGGGAGAGGACCAGGUGAACUUCAGGGGCUUCAUGAGAACCCUGGCUCACUUCCGUCCUAUAGAAGACAACGAGAAGAACAAGGACCCCACUGCCUCUGAACCUCUCAACAGCAGGACCAAUAAGCUGCUCUUUGCUUUCCAGCUGUACGACCUGGACAGAGAUGAUAAGAUCUCCCGUGACGAGCUGCUGCAGGUUCUUAGGAUGAUGGUUGGUGUGAACGUGAUUUUAUUCCAGGUUCUUAGGAUGAUGGUUGGUGUGAACGUGAUUUUAUUCCAGGUUCUUAGGAUGAUGGUUGGUGUGAACAUCUCUGACGAGCAGCUGGGCAGCAUCGCUGAUAGGACCAUCCAGGAGGCCGACCAGAAUGGAGACAACUCCAUUUCCUUUAAUGAGUUCAUCAAGGUUCUGGAGAAGGUAGAUGUUGAACAGAAGAUGAGCAUCCGCUUCCUGCACUGAGACACUGAUUGGUUGCACUUCCUGACAGGACGGUCUCUCUGAUUGGCUGGAUAUUUUACUACCACCACCAUGCCCGCUGGAACAUGACCUAAGCUGUGUCUCCCUCUCUGUCUCCUCCUCCUCCAUACAGUACUAGCCCCUCCCUCUCUCUGUCUCCUCCUCCAUACAGUACUAGCCCCUCCCUCUCUCUGUCUCCUCCUCCUCCAUACAGUACUAUGCUAUCUCUCUGUCUCCUCCUCCACCAUACAGUACUAUGCUAUCUCUCUGUCUCCUCCUCCACCAUACAGUACUAUGCUAUCUCUCUGUCCCCUCCUCCACCAUACAGUACUAUGCUAUCUCUGUCUCUCUGUCUCCUCCUCCACCAUACAGUACUAUGCUAUCUCUCUGUCUCCUCCUCCACCAUACAGUACUAGCCCCUCCCUCUCUCUGUCUCCUCCUCCACCAUACAGUACUAUCUCUCUGUCUCCUC